GUUUCACUUUUCUAGCUUGCGCUAGAAUAAAAUACCAAAAUACACGGAUUUCAGUGUGCAUCGAAAGCCUCGCCGAAUCAGGACAUAAUUAAGUAAGCUGAGCAGUACUCUAUUUCAUGGACACAUUUGGGACGACUUAAGUCAAGUAGAAAAUGGCAUAAAAGGUGACAACGACCUCAUCUACUGCUGCCCAGGUUAACUCUGUACCAUGUCAGAUGAAUAUGGGCCUCCCCUCCCACCAGGGUUCACCAAGGAGAGUUCUGGGAGAGAUUCUGGUGACUCUGAGGGCAUGAAGGCAAAGGAAGGAGCCAUAAAUGGAUCUUCAUUUAAAACUUCAGUUAUUGGGCCUAUGCUGCCACCAGGGUUUAAAACUGGAAAUACUGAAGAUAGGGCUUCAAUGGAUAGUAUUGGACCAGUGUUACCCCCUGGGUUUAAAUCUGACACAGAGGAGAGGGUGUCAGAUAUUGGACCUGCUCUACCACCUGGCUUUAAGUCUAGCUCUAGCAGUGAGGACAGAGGAUCUGCCAUAGGUCCAGCCUUGCCUCCUGGCUUUAAGCCUAGCUCUAGCAGUGAGGACAGAGGAUCUGCCAUAGGUCCAGCCUGCCUCCUGGGUUUCAAGUCUAGCUCUGGCAGUGAGGACAGAGGAUUUUCCAUAGGUCCAGCCUUGCCCCCUGGCUUUAAUAGGCGACCUGGGAUUGUUGGGCCAUCUCUACCUCCAGGGUUUAGUCAGGAUACAGAAGAUGAUGCAGACAGAGAUGAUGAUGAUGAUGAUGAUGAUGAUGAUGAUGAUGAUGAUUUUGUCAUUGGCCCCAUGCCGCCAUCAGGUCCCACGCAUGAGGAGUCAGUUGCUGCAGAGGUUGAGAGGAGAGCAGAGAAGAUGAAGAAAAAACUCCUGGGAGAGGAUGAGAUAGAGACCCCAGUGGUCACUGAGAGGGAGUCCUGGAUGACUGAACUGCCCCCUGACAUGGGGGUCAAUCUCGGCCUUGGACCAAGGAAGUUCAGGUCUCAGCCUUUGCCAGAGAAGGGAGACAGGUCUGCAUGGACUGAUACUCCAGCUGAUAGAGAGAGAAAGGCAAAGGAAAUGCAGGAGGGGCGUGGCAGUAAGCGCCAACAUGAAGAGGUCUUUAUUUCUGAAAGAGACAGGAAGAUAACUGCACAGCUACAGGAGUACAAUGAAACACAAAGAAAAGAGUCACUGAUGGACAUGCAUUCAAAGAAGUUAAAGAAGAAGAAGAAGGAAGAAGAAGAUAAGCCCAAGGAAAGAAGGGAGUUCAGCAGGGAGGAUGAUCUGCAGGUCAAUAGAUUUGAUGAUGCCAAGAGAAAGCAACUGAUCAAAAAGUCACAGCAACUUAACAGUAGAUUUGCUCACGGGAAAUCUGGACAAUUCUUGUGAGCAGCAGAUAAUGUCACUGGGCAAUUUCUGUGAGCAACAGACUUGCUCACAGAAAAUCUGGGCAGUUUCUCUGAGCAGUAUAUUUGCUCAUUGGAAAUCAGCAUAUUUGUAAGAGCAACAGAUUUGCUCAUGGGAAAUCUGGACAUUUGCUAAGACAGUAGAUUUGCUCAUGGGAAAUCUGGACUAUUUUUGUGAGCAGUAGAUUUGCUCAUUGGAUAUAGGCAUGUUGAUAUCUGGACAUUUGGUGUAUGCCACAAUUCCAAAUAAAUUAUGGAACAAACUUCUGAGCAUUUGAAUAUGGCGGCACUGCAAUUGAAUUUAAGACGGAUGGAACAGCUCAUUAAAACAAAACAGCAACAGCAUUGUUAAAAAAAAUGUGGAAAUUCCUUGUUUAUGUUUCUGUAUAUUUCUAUAGUGUAUUGUAUAUAUUGGAUUAUUGCAUUGAAAUAAGGAAUAUUUUGGAUUGGUUAUGCAAGAGUCAAUCUCUAUCCCUUUAAGUAUUAAUUUUUUUUAAAACUGUUAAGUUGUUGCCAUGAAAAGGAAAUCAGUACUGUAAAUAACUUAACAGACAGGGGCACUUCUAAGGAACGUCAUAAGAAUUUUAAUUAAAAGAAAUUGGGAUCAUUCCUUGCUCUUUUUGUUAUUUGUGGCUGAAUAUUCAAAAUGUGGACAUCAGUAUACAAUUUCUAUGCUUGCAUGGCUAAAUUUGAAACCAUUUCACAUGUGCUAAACUGUAGAUAAUCAUAUAUU